AUGACACAAACACAACAUACAAGAUCUCAAAAUCCCUUAGCUUCUUCAAUUUUUGUUUUCCUUACAAUCCAAUAAAUCUUCAUAUCAUUUGACUAUGGCAACAUCUAAGUUGCUAUUAGCAACACUUGUAAUUAGUGUACCCUUUCUAUUUUGUUCUAUAGCAUAUGGUUACUCAUUGAAAGACAUAAAAUCAUGGUGUAGCCAAACACCUUACCCUGAACCAUGUGAGUACUAUUUGAGCAACCAUGCAUACAACAAACCCAUAAAGAACAAAUCGGAUUUCCUCAAAGUGUCACUACAAUUAGCCAUAGAGAGAGCACAAAAGGGUCAUGAGAACACAAUCUCACUUGGCCCUAAGUGUAGAAAUGCACAUGAAAAAGCUGCUUGGAAUGAUUGCAUUAAACUCUAUGAGUACACAAUCAACAAGCUCAACAAAACCAUGGAUCCUAAAACAAAGUGUGACCAAGUUGAUGCACAAACUUGGCUCAGCACUGCCCUAACAAAUCUUGAGACAUGCAAAGCCGGUUUCUACGACCUAGGAGUACAAGAUUACAUGCUACCAUUGUUGUCCAACAACAAUGUUUCAUGUUUGCUAAGCAAUACACUAUCCUUGAACAAGGUGGCUUUUCAACCACCAAGUUACAAAGAUGGUUUCCCAACAUGGGUCAAGCCGGGUGACCGGAAACUUUUGCAGUCGUCUUCUGCGGCUUCUAAGGCUAAUGUGGUGGUGGCCAAAGAUGGGUCUGGAAAAUACACCACCGUUAGCGCCGCCGUAAACGCUGCACCAAGUGGCAGCAGUAGGUAUGUGAUAUAUGUUAAGGCCGGUGUGUAUAAUGAACAAGUUCAGGUUAAAGCAAAGAAUGUUAUGUUGGUCGGCGAUGGUAGCUAUUACUGGAGAUGGAUUCAUUGCUCAAGAUAUCACAUUCAGAAACACUGCUGGAGCAGCAAAUCAUCAAGCUGUGGCACUACGUUCUGGAUCAGAUCUCUCAGUGUUCUACAGAUGUGGAUUUGAAGGUUAUCAAGACACAUUAUAUGUAUACUCAGAUAGACAAUUCUACAGAGAAUGUGACAUUUAUGGAACCGUUGACUUUAUCUUUGGUAAUGCGGCAACGGUUUUACAAAACUGUAACAUUUAUGCAAGAAACCCUCCUCAAAAGACAAUCACAGUAACUGCUCAAGGUAGAACUGAUCCAAACCAAAACACAGGAAUCAUCAUCCAUAAUUCAAAGAUCACAGCUGCCUCAGGCCUAAACCCUAGCUCAGUGAAAUCAUAUCUUGGAAGGCCAUGGAAGCAAUACUCAAGAACCGUGGUGAUGAAGACUUAUCUUGAUAGUUUGAUUAACCCAGCAGGGUGGAUGGAAUGGAGUGGUAACUUUGCAUUGAACACUUUGUAUUAUGCUGAGUAUGCAAAUACAGGUCCUGGUUCUUCUACUUCAAAUAGGGUUUCAUGGAAGGGUUACCAUGUCCUUACUAGUGCUUCUCAAGCUUCACCUUUCACUGUUGGAAACUUUCUUGCUGGAAAUUCAUGGUUGCCAAGCACUGGAGUCCCUUUUACCUCCGGUCUGUGAUUACAGACUCGUACGCAUGCAGUUAUUUUUAUGUGAAAUUGAUAGUUCAGAAUCAUUAAAUAAUAUGACUAAAUUGUCAUUUAACGAUUUUUAACUAUCAAUUUUAGAUAAAAAGCAUCUUCUACCUUGAUAAUUAAUUUGUAUGUAUUAAUUAUUUCUAGUUGAUGCCAUUUUCAUAUCUUAAAUUCUUCAUUAUUCCGUACCAGCACAUUUUAUAUACUUUAAUUUGGCUGUACUUUAUAGGUGAAUAAGUCCAAAAAAAUAAUAAUAAUAAAAUAGCACAGCCAACAAAUAGUUUGUUUUUAUGUUGUAUUAAUUGUAAUAGUUUUUUAUUAUUGAAUUGUAUAAUUAAUUA